AUGGCAACCUCCGGCAAGGUCUUGAAUGCAACUGAGAAGGUGGAGCAAGCCCGAAGCAUGUUUGGCGCAGCCUACGAGGCUGCGCGGGCGGAUCCCGUGGACAUUCCGGUGGCCACGGGAGAAACUGGCCCUGACGGACAGCUCAUUGUCACCCACAAGUACGCCCACGAGGAUGACGUGGGCAAGGUGGAGGACGAGAGCAAAGUGGAGGGCCCCUAUGCGAUUCUGAAGAACCACCAGGACGCUGCGAUCACGCUUUGCACGAAGGGUCGCUACUUUGAGGGUGUGGGAUGCUGGGAGCACUGCAAAUUCGAGUAUCCGAUUGGGACGCUGAGUCAGUGCUGGAAGGAAGAUUGCCCCAAAGGUUGGUCAGAGGUGGCUGGCGGAUUCUGCAAGAAGAACGGCGUCAAUGUCAACACGAAGCCCAAAGGCAGCUACAGCCGUGGCGGGAGCAAGUCGCCCAAGACAUGCAAGCUUGGUGACUCCUUUGGGCCUGGAGCACAGCCAGACAACGGAAAUCGCGAUGUGACCGUUGUCAUGCUGUCGGAUGUGCAGCUUCCCUGGUGCCACAAGGAGGACUCCCGCAUGGACAUGCCCUGCGCCCUGGAGGAUAACUUUUACAUGAUCCAGGGCAUCAAGGCCCUCGAGAGUUUGUCAUGGGUGGAGGGUGAUGUGGACCCGGUGGCGACGCCCCUUGGGGUGUUCAUCGCCGGCGAUCUGACGGCUUUUGGCUCGACAAAUCAGUACCUUACCUAUCGGAAGCUCUGGGAGACCCGGGACGACGAGAGUUCCAACAAGAACAACAAGCUGCCUAUCUGGCCCGGUCUCGGCAACCACGACUAUGCCAACAAUAUAGAAGGAUGCAUGACUCUCUUGGAGGAGCCCACGUGGGCACCCUACGCGAUGAACGGCUGUGCUCAGCGAAUGUUGACCUACGUCCGCGCCGCAGUCGGCAAGUGUGGAGACGAAACUGUCGUGAAAAGCUUUGGUGGCUUUGUGGACCAUUACCACAAGGACUCGGCGGCAUAUACCGUUCGUUACGGCCGCAUCCGCUUUGUGCACUUGCACAACUAUCCGACCUUUCGGCGACAGCAGCUGACGGGCAUGGCCUCCACGAUCGGCUUUCUGAAAGACGAGGUGGCUGAGGCAAAGAAGACAGAGGACUACCUCGUGCUGGUCAUGCAUGAUGUGGGCCAGCACUUCAGCGCCGAGGCACACGACGGCCAGGUGGAACGCUACGAUUACUUCUCCGACAUUGUCGCGGGCUCCAGGACACUGGCUGUGUUUGCCGGCCACCUUCAUCCAACGGGUGGAAUGAAGAGAGGCUUUCUCCAAGAUUCCCGGCCUAGGGAGUACACGACGCUGCGGAACACCUGGGGGGAGGAGAUCCCCGUCAUCCGGAACUGGGCUUCCUCGGAGCAGCGCUUCGUCGUGGCGCAGGUGAACGUCGCCCGCUGCUACUGGCGCUUUGGCUCCGUGAGUGCGCCGGGGAAGGACUCGGCAACCGCCUGGUAUUCGCCGGACAGCCAGGAGCAGCAGCGUGUCUUCACCAUUCCAAACUGCACUAUCGACGAGAACUACAGCUGGACGCCACCUACCAAGGCCGGCCUGAUGUACCUAGGCCGCAGCCUGCCUCUGAACUCCGAGGAGGCCGUGCUCCGCUUGCGCGAGGCACGACUCCGAACAGAAAAGGAUCAGGAGGAGGAAGAGGCUGCAGCCCACGAAGAGCAGCGCCGGGUGGAGGUUCGACGAUGCCAAGAUGCCCAGACCAGGCAAGCUGCUGCUGUUUUGAGAGACAAGAAGAUCGAUAUCCUACCCGUCUACCGGAGAAUGUCCGUCGGCUUCGGGAUCCCGGUAGCCCUGCUGAUUUUCGCCGCAGCUUUCCCGCCGCACGAUGAUUUGGCUGCUGCUUUGCUGGGCUCCUUCGCUUUGCUGCUCGGUUGCUUCCUCAGCAUGUGUACGUUCCUACAUGGAACAGGGGAUCGCGUCGACCAUUUCCGCUACGGCAAGCACUCCAACUGCAUCGUGAGAGUCGCAUUCUUGUCUUUUGCCCUCGGCGUCAUAGCACUGGCGGCUUUGACAAUGCACCAUAGCUUGGCUGGGUUUUGGUGGACCGCACUCAUUGUUUGGCCCCUGACCUGCUGUGUCAACACCUGCGUGAUCUACGGUGCCAAAGUGGAGGCCGAAGAGGGGUGUUACUUGACCGCCGAGGAGCAAGAAAUGCAAGACAAGGAGCAGCAACAAGCACGCCAGGAGGUCCUUCAGCGCACCAUUGUCUUUGAAGGCUCUGUGCUGGAAGGGGCGGGGCGCCCAUGCGUGUGUUCAUGGCCUGGAAAGUAUGAGGGCGCCUGGGAUUCCCUCGUCUCCUCCAGCCGGAAUGGGGAUGUCAGCGCGGCUGUCGUGUUCUUGCCGGAUGGUACUGCGGAUUUCGGGCAUCACGCUGAGAUUCCCGAAGCCGAAGGCAUCGUCGGAGAGUGCUGGUGCGUGCCCCUCUAUGGCGAACAGAAGCUGUGGGGCUGCCGCUGGUGGAGCCAUUGGAUUGCGAACAUCGAGGAGGCCGUGAAGAAGGAGGCCGAGCUGGUGGUCUAUUACUUCGUGGAUCACGUAGGCAGGGGUAAGGCGCAGAGCUUUUCCACAGCCGGCCAGGAGCACCUCCGCAGGGAGACGCUGAACAGGCGCUUGGAUGAGUUCAAAGAGACGCAGCAGUUCAAGGAAGCUGUGGAUGCGGGUCUGGGGGGCCUCUCCAAGAAAUGCCGUGGGGAUGGCUCAUCCUCCUACAGCCGCGAGCUCAAGCG